AUGAAUCUCCUCGACCCCUACCUCAAGAUGACGGACGAGCAAGAGAAGGGUCUGUCCGACGUCCCGAGCCCCAGCGUGUCUGAGGACUCGGCGGGCUCCCCGUGCCCCUCCGCCUCGGGCUCCGACAGCGAGCGCGCGGCGGCCGAGAGCCGCCUCGGGGACUUCAAGAAGGACGAGGGCGAGGACAAGUUCCCCGCGUGCAUCCGCGAGGCCGUCUCGCAGGUGCUGAAGGGCUACGACUGGACGCUCGUGCCCAUGCCGGUGCGCGUGAACGGCUCGAGCAAGAACAAGCCGCACGUGAAGAGGCCAAUGAACGCGUUUAUGGUGUGGGCGCAGGCGGCGCGGAGGAAACUGGCGGACCAGUACCCUCAUCUCCACAACGCGGAGCUCAGCAAGACCCUGGGCAAGCUGUGGAGGUUGCUGAACGAUGUGGAGAAGAGGCCUUUUGUGGAGGAGGCGGAGCGCCUGCGCGUGCAGCACAAGAAGGAUCACCCGGACUACAAAUACCAGCCACGGAGGAGGAAGUCGGUGAAGAACGGAGCAGGCGAGGUGGAGGAGGGCCCUGAACACGGGCACGUGUCGCCUAAUGCUAUCUUCAAAGCUCUGCAGCAGGCCGACUCCCCUGCGUCCAGCAUGGGAGAAGUGCACUCCCCCAGUGAGCAAGGAGGCCAGUCCCAAGGUCCCCCAACUCCCCCCACCACCCCCAAAAUCGACGCGCAGCCAGGCAAAGUGGACCUGAAGCGCGAGGGCCGGCCGCUCCAGGAGGGCACCGGACGCCAGCUCAACAUCGACUUCCGUGACGUGGACAUCGGCGAGCUGAGCAGCGACGUCAUCUCGCACAUGGAGAGCUUCGACGUGACCGAGUUCGACCAGUAUCUGCCACCAAACGGGCACCCGGGCGCCACCUACGCGGGCGGAUACGGCCUGGGCCAGGGCCAGGCAGCCGGGGGCGGCUGGAUGAGCAAGACCCAGAGCGGGAGCCCUCAGGGCGGGCAGCAGCAGCAGCAGCACUCCCUGACCCAGCUGGGUACCGGGAACAGCGGAGAUCAGGGCCAGCAGAGAAACACCACUCACAUCAAGACAGAGCAGCUGAGUCCCACCCACUACAGCGAGCAGCAGGGCUCGCCACAGCACGUCACCUAUGGCUCCUUCAACUUGCAGCACUAUGCCGCCUCCUCCUUCCCCUCCAUCAGCCGGGCACAGUACGACUACACCGACCAGCAGGGCGGCGCCACCUCCUACUACAGCCACGCGGCAGGCCAGGGCUCCGGGCUCUACUCCACCUUCAGCUACAUGAGCCCCAGCCAGAGGCCCAUGUACACCCCCAUCACCGACUCCGCUGGCGUCCCCUCCGUCCCGGCAGCCGGCCACAGCCCCCAGCACUGGGACCAGCAGCCCGUGUACACACAGCUCACGAGACCCUGACCGCGUUUAAAGACUGUUCAACAAGGCUGAUGACUCGUUAUGCAUCGUUAACUCUGUAAAAACAGACACUUGAGGAAAGCUGGACUUCAAAAAGGACUCACAAUGUGCCUUUGGAAAAACCUGAUGCCAUGAGUAGAUAUAUAUUUUUAGCCUUGAUUACAAGAAAAAACAUUUUUCUGAGAAAAAGGUUCCUCUGUGAGGAAUAAUUAAUUAAUGUACUUUAGUAUGUACUGUGUAUGUUUGGUUGCACUUCACUGUAGGGCAUGCAUGACACAUAACGUCGUCAUGACAACCGUCAUAAACCCGAAUAAACGUUUAUAGACGUCAUCUGUCAUAAAAGCUGCUUUUGUCAACUCUGAUGUCACGUUAGCAGUUUUUUGAAGUUUUGCUGGUUUAUAGCUCACAGUAAUAUGAUGCUGAUGAUGUAACAAAGCAGGGCUAGGCAAUAUGACUAUAUAUCAUUAUCGUCAUGAAUCAUGUCACAACAUGCAUUUGUGGACUUUUAACAGUCUGUUUAACUGGAUUUGGUGCCAAAUAUUGCAUAAUAAUUGAUAACAUUUUUAAAAUGUAGCACUGCUGGCUCUUCUCUCUCUGUUCCAGCUGAUCAGAUGUCUGAGCCAAUAAAUAUAGUGACAUAUCGUGUGUUGUGAAAAUUUCUUGAAGUAUCACAAUACUAAAUUUUUGCCGUAUCGCCCACCUCUUUGGCAAAGUUUACAUUUUAUAUGUGGUAGGAUUGGCCAGCUGUCGUGUUGUCAGCAUUGUGUCACUGUGAUGUACACUGAGAAAGUUUAACAACGUAAAAAAUCAAUAGAAACUUGACAUGCAGCCUUUAUGACAAACAACGCCUGUUGAAACGAGUCUUUCGUCGCUGUCCAAAACAAACGAGUGUCUCCAUUUCACCAUCAUGGGAGCGCAGCAGCUGGCCUUUACAGUCUGUGAAAAUUUGAUAAUGAUUGGACCAACAGAAAUGCUCCAAAAUGGCUUGGAAUAAACUCUCGUCAAGAACUUACAUUGAAUUUAAAGAAUGUUUUUGCCUUCUCCUGUAAACCUGCCGUUUUGGAGAUGCCUGAUUUUCGCUUUAUAAUGUUUAUUCAUGUUUAUGUGUGUCAUGUAGCCUUAUGAACGCUCCCCUACAGUGAAGCGUAACUGUGUGUUUUCUUACCGUUGGCUGAUUGGAGGGGAUUUUAUGACAUUUCUCUUAAAAAAGGUCUAUUUUUACUAAACUAAACCACUCCUAGUAGCCCUGUCUCAUUCGCAUCUGCAUCUGAAUCCAUUUGCCGGCCUGUUUUCUCAUCUUCAUGCGUUGUAGGUUGCGUAGGUUUAUUUAUCUUUCCUGUAAAACAUUCCUGAGAGGGCCAGGCUUCGGACUGUUUUGGAAGCUCGGUUUGAGUGUGCACCAUCAGUGCCUGGUCCAAGGGUUGUGCAGGGGGGCUAAAAGGAAGAGUACACCAGCAGCUGAGAAUUUACUCCUGUGACAGGAAACGACCUUUGAUCCCCAGGUUGUCCUGUCUUACCAGCCCUGUCUUUCCACCCCCACCAUCCCCAUUCUGUCAAGUCUUAACCCCUCUAAUUUAUUUAUUAGCAUUAAUUUUAUUUCAAAGUAAUUAUGUGCAUUGUAUUCGUUAAUACUUUAAAGGACUAAUUGUUUUUUUUCAGAAUUCGCCCCUCCGGGUCCAUAGCAUAGUCGUCGUAAAGCCGAGGGGCGCUACUUAAUAUGGUACAGUUUCGUAAUCAUGUUUAUUUAUCAUAUGUAGAUGUUUCUAUUUUAAAUGUUGUUUUCUUCCUUUUGUGUGUGUGUUAGCCAAACGCAUAUCGAUGAAGUACUGUUUCCAUUCCUAAAGUAAGGGUGAUUCUCAACUGGAACCGUUCGGCUUUCUUUCAUCGGAAAGUUUCACAAAGCUCUGAAGCGGUAAUUGUUUUGUUUUUGUUUGCUUGUUUUUUUUUGUUUAGAGACACCAGUAUGUUCCAUCUAAUCUCUCCUAUGAGUUACUCCUUAUUCCAUGCCACGUAUCUGAGAACUGAUGUUACUGAUGUCAUCCAACCAGUUUGUUUUUUUUCUUGCAUCAGAUUUAACAUUUUCCUUUGAAGAAGUUCAUCUUUUUUAUGAUAUUUGCAAUAAAAGAGAAAAUGAAAAAAGCCAAAGCGUAAGCUGUUCUGUUUCAUUUUAAAUCUAGAAGAGAGGUAGAAAGGGCACAGAAGGCUCCCAUUCCAGAUUUCAGAGCUUUUCACAUCCAAAAUGCAAAAACGAUCUCAGGGUAAACAUCAAAAAUCAUUUGAUGUAGCUGAUCU